CCUCAGCGUGCGCUACCACAUCUACGCGCCCGCGGAGGGCGGCGCCGACGCGGCCCUGCACUUCCUGCGGGCCAGCGCGCGGGUCAUCUACAUCUGCGGCCCCCUGGAGAUGCUGCACCAGAUUAUGAGGCUGGCCCAGCGGGAGAGCCUGACCAACGGCGACUACGUCUUCUUCUAUGUGGACGUGUUUGGGGACAGCCUGCGUGCCAGUGCCACCCGCGACGCCUUGAAACCCUGGCAGAACAAACAGAGUCAGGACGUGGGCCUGCGUCAGGCCUUCCAGACGGUGCUGGUGAUCACCUACCAUGAACCCCAGAACCCUGAGUACCAGCACUUCCAGACCCAGCUGAUCCUGCGAGCCAAGGAGGAGUUCAAGGUGGAGCUCGGCUACUCGCUGAUGAACCUGGUGGCCGGCUGCUUCUACGACGGCGUGCUGCUCUACGCCAUGGCGCUGAACGAGACGCUGGCUGAGGGCGGCUCCAAGAAGGAUGGCACCCGCAUCGUGCAGAAGAUGCGGGACCGGAAGUUCCAGGGGGUCACCGGACUGGUGAGCAUGGACAGCAACAACGACCGGGACACGGACUUCAGUCUGUGGGUGAUGGGUGACCCCGAGAAUGGGGAAUAUGAGGUGGCAGGGCACUACGCCGGGGCGGAGAAGAAGCUGAACUGGCUGGGGAGGCCCAUUCAAUGGGUGAAGGGGGCGCCCCCCCCCGACAACCCCCCCUGCGUCUUCGAUGUGGAUGACCCCGCCUGUGAUAAAACCCCACUCUCCACGCUGGCCAUCGUGGCGCUGGGCACUGGCCUCACCUUUGUCAUGUUUGGAAUCUCCAGCUUCCUGAUUUUCAGGAAGCUGAUGCUGGAGAAGGAGCUGGCCAGUAUGUUGUGGCGGAUCCGCUGGGAUGAGCUGCAGUUUGGGAACACCGAGCGCUACUACAAGGGGGCAGGCAGCCGGCUCACCCUGUCGCUGCGUGGCUCCAGCUACGGCUCCCUGAUGACGGCCCAGGGCAAGUACCAGAUCUUCGCCAACACUGGCCACUUCAAGAUGAGGGACAUCCAGUUCAACCACCUGACCAGGUUCAUCGGUGCCUGCAUCGACCCGCCUAACGUGUGCAUCGUGACGGAGUACUGCCCGCGGGGCAGCCUGCAGGACAUCCUGGAGAAUGAGAGCAUCAACCUGGACUGGAUGUUCCGCUACUCGCUCAUCAAUGACAUUGUGAAGGGAAUGGUCUUUCUGCACAACAGCAUCAUUGGGCACCAUGGCAGCCUCAAGUCCUCCAACUGCGUGGUGGACAGUCGCUUCGUGCUCAAGAUCACGGACUACGGGCUGGCCAGCUUCCGCUCCAGCUGCGAUGCCGAGGACAGCCACGCUCUGUAUGCCAAGAAGCUGUGGACGGCCCCAGAGCUGCUGCAGCAGGGGCGCCUGCCCCUCCCAGGGAUGCAGAAGGCUGAUGUGUACAGCUUCAGCAUCAUCCUGCAGGAGAUCGCCCUGCGCAACGGGCCCUUCUACAUCGAGGGCAUGGACCUGAGCCCCAAGGAGAUCGUGCAGAAGGUGCGGAACAGCCAGAAGCCGUUCUUCCGGCCCUCCAUCGAUAUGGGGCUGCACAGCGAGGAGCUAGCCGUGCUCAUGGAACGCUGCUGGGCGCAGGAGCCCGCCGAGCGCCCCGACUUCAGCCAGAUCAAGAUCUUCAUCCGCAGAUUCAACAAGGAAGGCAGCACCAGCAUCCUGGACAACCUGCUGUCGCGCAUGGAGCAGUACGCCAACAACCUGGAGAAGCUGGUGGAGGAGAGGACGCAGGCCUACCUGGAGGAGAAGCGCAAGGCCGAGAACCUGCUCUACCAGAUCCUGCCCCACUCCGUGGCCGAGCAGCUGAAGCGUGGGGAGACGGUGCGGGCCGAGGCCUUCGACAACGUCACCAUCUACUUCAGCGACAUUGUGGGGUUCACAGCCCUGUCGGCUGAGAGCACUCCCAUGCAGGUGGUGACCCUGCUGAACGAUCUCUACACCUGCUUCGACGCCAUCAUCGAUAACUUUGACGUGUACAAGGUGGAGACGAUUGGAGACGCCUACAUGGUGGUGUCGGGGCUGCCGGUGCGGAACGGGAAACUGCACGCCAAUGAGAUCGUCCGCAUGGCGCUAGCGCUGCUGGAGGCUGUGAAAACCUUCAAAAUCCGACAUCGGCCCAACGACCAGCUCCGGCUGCGCAUUGGCAUCCACACCGGUCCUGUCUGUGCCGGGGUCGUAGGGCUGAAGAUGCCCCGGUACUGCCUGUUUGGGGACACAGUGAACACAGCCUCGCGGAUGGAGUCCAACGGGCAGGCACUGAAGAUCCACAUCUCAUCCACCACCAAGGAGGUCCUGGACGAGUUCGGCUGCUUUGAGCUGGAGCUCCGAGGUGACGUGGAAAUCAAGGGGAAAGGGAAGAUGCGGACAUACUGGCUGCUGGGCGAGCGGACAGACGACAGCAUCAUCUGAGGCCAGCCCUGGGCUGACUUGGGCUCUGCAGUGAGCGGGGCUCCGUCGCUGAGCUCCGCGCGCAGGAGGCUGCGCUCCAUCUCCGAGCACCACUCCCCAGCCACGGCAGGGAGCGCCCGGCACGCAGGCUCUGCCUCCGGACUGCAGGCCCCAACCGAACCGGCCGAACAGUGGGGCCCUGCUCUGCUGGCAGACACACAGGGCUGGCACUCAGCCGAGGCGCCCUGUGCACGGUGAGCCGUGCUGCCCACCCAGCCCUGCCCGCCCCAGCUGCCGUCUCCUUCCACUCAGCCUCCGAGUCCAGGGCCUGGUGGGGAUGGCGGGAGCCUGCCAGGCCCUGACUGGUGCCGGCACAACCCCACUGCACUCCUUGGAGCCUGGCUGUACCCUGUGCCAGGGAGGGGCUGGCGGGGCCCUGGGCACCGCCUGAGAACGAGCCCCGGGGCCCUGAGUCUCUGUAACCCGUGAUCCCCUCUCCAGGCUCGGCUGGCUCUGAGCCCCUCAGCCUCUCCACCCCUGGGCCCAGCUGGCUCUGAGCCCGUCCCCCCAGGGGCCUGGCUGCUCCCCCAUGGCACUUGGCCUUCUCUCCACUACUCAGCGCCCUCCCCCGAGGUGAGCGAGCUGGGGCUUCUGCCAGGGCUGGCCCUCAGCUGGGGUGGGGGCAGCUCCCUCCCCCACUGUCCUGUGGCCUGGUUCACACAAGCACGAUGCAGCUGCUCACGCCUUCCCUUGCCCUGUAACUACCCAGAGAGCUGGGCCAACACCCACACCCUGGCAGUGCCCACAUCCUCCCCCGGGUGUGAAUACAGGGCUCAAACCGUGCACACGACUGUGUUGAAAUACAGACUUCCUGAACCGGA